CAAAAGUAUCUUAACGCUACACAUACCAUGCUCACAAUGAGGCGCUUGUUUCUGCUCGUGCUGCAGGCGUUCACGUUCCUGGUCAGCGCCAAAUCGAUCACUUCCGACCAAACCACCGUAAGUAGCACCUCAUCGGCCUCGACUGGCUCGGACAUUCUCGUGGUGGUUACCUCGGCCUCGGAGGUGGUGCCCACUGGCAGUUAUCUCAGCUACACCACCACUAUCACACUGGCCCAGAAUGGAUCGCUGUCGACGACUGCAGUUGCCAGUACGGUGACCAACUCCACGAUCAGCAACGGCACAGCAACAGCGAUAGGCACGACUAGUACGACCGACACAGCAGUUCAGCUCAGCGGCACGCGGGUCAUGACCAGCAGCAGCAGCAGCAGCACCGCCACGGCCACCACGGCUGCCAACUCACAGCCCUGCAAUGGCUACGCCGAAUUCUGCGAAAGGAAAUACUCCAACAUCACGAUGGUGACCGCCCACAACAGUCCCUUUGUGAAGAAAAACAAUGUCGCCGCCAAUCAGGCAUACCCAGUCCGCACUCAGCUCGAGGACGGCGUACGCAUGGUCUCCUUUGAAGCACAUUACUAUCAGGAUGACAUCUACCUUUGUCAUACCUCGUGCGAAUUGCUGAACAUGGGCACCCUGGAGAGCUACCUCACCAACGUCACCGACUGGGUCAAAGAGAAUCCCUAUGACGUGGUGACGGUGUUGAUUGUCAACUCCGACUACGUGGAUCCCUCCAACUUCACGGCUCCCAUCCAGAAUUCCGGCUUGAUCGACUACGUUUACGAGCCGUGGAAAAUCCCGAUGAAUGUCAGCGACUGGCCGACCCUGUCAGAAAUGAUUCUGGCCGAGAAGCGCGUGGUCGUGUUCAUGGACUAUCAGGCCGAUCAGAGCUCGAUCCCCUACAUCCUCGACGAGUUCAGCCAGAUGUGGGAGACCCCCUUUUCUCCUCUCAACGCUUCAUUCCCUUGCACGGUGCAGCGACCACCGGGGAUCACCGCGGCGGAGGCCGAGGAGCGGAUGUACAUGAUCAACCACAACCUCGACAUUGAAGUGAUGCUGGAGGGAAUUGAGAUUCUGAUCCCAGAUACCGCGCAGCUGAACACCACCAAUGCUGUAUCUGGGUUCGGCAGUCUGGGGCUCAUGGCCAACAAUUGCCGGGCCACAUGGGAUCGUCCCCCCAACUUUCUCCUAGUCGAUUACUACAAUGAUGGCAACUUCCCCGGAUCGGUCUUCGAGGUUGCGGCCCAGAUGAACAAUGUCACGUAUAAUGGGCUGCAGGUGUAG